UAUUCACCUAAUCAGAGACAUGACUGCCCAGACUAAAGGACUGGUUAAGAGCUAAGUCUCCUUUGUCCUUCCACUGUCCGCGACUGUAAGAGCGACUAAACCCAGGCACGAUCUCGCGGAGUUAAACUCCGUAACCAGGAAAUCUCCACUUCCGCUGACGUAAUUACGGCGACACGUGGAUCCAAGAUGGCGGCGGUGAUGGAUUGGUUGCCGUGGUCCCUGCUGCUUCUCUCUCUCACGAGUGAAACCAGCGCUUUCUAUGUCCCCGGGGUCGCACCAACCAACUUCCACCAGAACGAUCCUGUAGAAAUCAAGGCUGUGAAGCUUACCAGCUCUCGAACCCAGCUACCUUACGAAUACUACUCACUGCCUUUCUGCCAGCCCACCAAAAUAACCUACAAGGCAGAGAAUCUGGGUUCUCAUGAACAGUGAAAAGAAGUGUGAAGUUCUGUGCAGCAAGUCUAAGGAACCAGUGACCCUGACUGUGGAACAGAGUCGGCUCGUGGCUGAGCGGAUCACAGAGGACUACUACGUCCACCUCAUUGCCGACAACCUGCCUGUGGCCACCCGGCUGGAACUCUACUCCAACCGUGAUGGAGAUGACAAGAAGAAGGAAAAAGAUGUGCAGUUUGAACAUGGCUACCGUCUUGGCUUCACGGAUGUCAACAAGAUCUACCUUCACAAUCACCUCUCCUUUAUCCUCUACUAUCAUCGGGAGGACCUGGAAGAGGACCAGGAGCACACAUACCGCGUCGUCCGCUUCGAGGUGAUUCCCCAGAGCAUCAGGCUGGAGGACCUCAAAACAGAUGAGAAGAGUUCGUGCACACUGCCUGAAGGCACCAACUCCUCACCCCAAGAAAUUGACCCCACCAAGGAGAAUCAGGUGUACUUCACCUACUCUGUACACUGGGAGGAAAGUGACAUCAAAUGGGCCUCUCGCUGGGACACUUACCUCACCAUGAGUGAUGUGCAGAUCCACUGGUUUUCUAUCAUAAACUCUGUUGUUGUGGUCUUCUUCCUGUCAGGCAUCCUGAGCAUGAUUAUCAUCCGCACUCUCCGGAAGGACAUCGCCAACUAUAACAAGGAGGAUGACAUUGAAGACACCAUGGAAGAGUCUGGAUGGAAGCUAGUACAUGGUGAUGUCUUCCGGCCCCCCCAGUACCCUUUAAUCCUCAGCUCCCUGCUGGGCUCCGGCAUUCAGCUCUUCUGUAUGAUCCUCAUCGUCAUCUUUGUGGCCAUGCUCGGGAUGCUGUCGCCCUCCAGCCGGGGAGCCCUCAUGACCACAGCCUGCUUCCUGUUCAUGUUCAUGGGGGUAUUUGGUGGGUUUUCUGCCGGCCGUCUAUACCGCACUCUGAAAGGCCAUCGGUGGAAGAAAGGUGCCUUCUGUACUGCAACGCUGUACCCUGGUGUGGUUUUUGGCAUCUGCUUCGUGUUGAAUUGCUUCAUCUGGGGAAAGCACUCAUCGGGAGCAGUGCCCUUCCCCACUAUGGUGGCCCUGCUGUGUAUGUGGUUCGGGAUCUCCCUGCCCCUUGUCUACUUGGGCUACUACUUCGGCUUCCGCAAGCAGCCCUAUGACAACCCUGUGCGCACCAACCAGAUCCCCCGGCAGAUCCCUGAGCAACGGUGGUACAUGAACCGGUUCGUGGGCAUCCUCAUGGCUGGGAUCCUGCCCUUCGGUGCCAUGUUCAUCGAGCUCUUCUUCAUCUUCAGUGCAAUCUGGGAGAAUCAGUUCUAUUACCUCUUUGGCUUCCUGUUCCUUGUCUUCAUCAUCCUGGUGGUGUCCUGCUCCCAAAUCAGCAUCGUCAUGGUGUACUUCCAGCUGUGUGCAGAGGAUUACCGCUGGUGGUGGAGGAAUUUCCUGGUGUCCGGGGGAUCUGCAUUCUACGUCCUGGUCUAUGCCAUCUUUUAUUUUGUUAACAAGCUGGACAUCGUAGAGUUCAUUCCCUCUCUACUCUAUUUUGGCUACACGGCCCUCAUGGUCCUGUCCUUCUGGCUCCUUACGGGCACCAUCGGCUUCUAUGCGGCCUACAUGUUUGUCCGCAAGAUCUACGCUGCUGUGAAGAUAGACUAAUGGGGGUGGACCAUGGCCAGGCCCACUCCUUCCUCAGACAGGAAGCCACCCUGCGUGGGGAACUGCAGGCACACAAAAUAAAAUAACUCCUGCUCGUUUGGAAUGUAACUCCUGGCACAGUGUUCCUGGAUCCUGGGGCUGCGUGGGGGGCGGGGAACCUGUAGAUAAAUCUUGCAUUUUUCUUCAUCAUCUUAUUCCAGUUCUGUGGGGCUUGAAUUUUUUGUGGGUUGUUUUUCGUCAAAGCUAAGAAAGUACCCUCCAGUGGGAACUCUCAAACCUGUUUAUCCAGGUUUGUUUUUUGGUUUGGGGUUUUUUUCCUUAGUUUUUGUUGUUGUUGUUGUUGUUUUAUCAAAUGGAUCCAGGAUGAUAAAUCCACCAAGACACUGGGUUUUGGUCACUGUAUCCACCUCAGUUCCUCAGGGCUGUUGGCCACCCCACAACUAACUGGAAGAGGAAACACCAGGCCUUUUGGAGCUUCAGUGAGUUUUCCAAGCCUCUUGCCAUCCGUCUUCGCCGUUGAUGCCAUGAGAAAGCACAGCUCUAGCCUGGACGUGCAUCCUCAGUGCCAACUAGCCACUACCAGCCCUUUCCCUCUUCCUGCUCCCAGUCACCCCCAGAGCUGCCCCAAGGCAGAUCGUCCAGCCAGGCCUCCAGGUCAUCUUCUCACCAGGAGCAAGCCCAAGUCUUGGCUGCUACAAGGAAAUCCCCUGAAAGUACUGGGGGCCAAGUGCCCCAGGGCAGCAGGAGCCCGUGCUCAGAGCAGCAGGAGUUGGCUGGACUAGAGAAGAGACAUGCAGUGAACUGUUUUUGUGCCAAGAAACCCUGGACCUGGGGCCAAGUAUUUCCAGAGCUAGGCAUCCACAUCGGGGACGGGCCUCCUCACCCCUCAGGAUGGCUCUCCAACCUUUUCCUCAGGAGGUUGUGCUCUUUGCAAGUUGUGCCAUGGCAGACACUCUCCUCUCCAGUACCCAGGGCAGAGCAAGGCCUGGAAACCUCAGUUCCCCACCUCCGUGUGACUGGAAAGUCGUCCUCUCCCUGACAUCACCCAGCCUCUAUGCCCAUUCACAGGUCUUUUAGUCAGACCCAUCCCCUCCACUUCCCAUCUAAGCUCUUGCCUUCUUUUGAGGACACCAGAAAACUACAUGUAAGAAGGAAGAUGGAAGGUAAGUUCUAUCAUUCACCAGUUCCCAAGAACAGGCAGGGAGUCUUGGAGGGAGCUAACAGGGCAGGCCUGGCUGCUCCAUAAAUGCCCACUCUUAACCCCUGCCUGCUCCAUGCAUGUCAUAGAGCAAAUGCUCUUAAAGUUGCAAGAGACCAAGCCCACCAUGGGAUUAGGUAACAGCCACUCACCCCUGCUGCAGCCCCCUUGGGACCCCCACAAGAUAAUGCUCAGGAUGCUGGUUAAGCUAGGAACAUACCCCACCCUUCAACCCCCAAACUCUCCCAGCUGCCCCUCCCCACCUCCACAAUCAAACCAGUGAACUUGUGGACUUUGCCUCACAGUGAUGCCGCAAUGCACGCAGCAUCCACCAAGAAUCAGGUUAGAAAAAAGGGAACCCAAGCAGUAAAAAAUGAUGACAGUCUUGCUCAUUCAUAUCGUGGAUUUUUUUCCCCUAAGAGAUUCUCUUUUGAGGGGAGGGGGGAGUGGGGGAUUGAACUCCUUAUAAAGGGUUCAAACAUCGUCGAUUUUUCAGAAUUUUUUAAUUAUCAUCAUUAUUAUUUUUAAUUAAAAAAAUGCCUGUAUACCUUUUUUUGAUCCAAUUGUAAAUAAAUAUGCCAUUGUCCUGUUGUCACGUCUCUUGAAUCACCUGCAAGUGUUAGGGGUUAGGGGCCUGAGGUGAGCUAGUUUCCCCAAGUGGGAAGAGGUGAGCGAAAUGAUUUCCUUCCAAGCUCAAUCUUGUGUCAGGCUUCUGAGACUCGGGCCACUGCUGCUCCCUGCCUGAUGCAAAUGCACCCUGCUUCCACCUGCCCAGUCCCCCCAGUCUGAGUCACAAGCAUUUGCUCCUCUGGUGCCACAAGCCAGAAAUGGCAGUCAAGUGUGACUUUGGUAGUAGUGAGAUCUAGUUUUAUAUUCCCAACAUAUCACUAGCUCACUUCAUGUAUUUUCCAUGGAAGACUCCUUUUGGUUGCAAGCAGUAGAAACAGGUCAAACUGGGUUAAGCCCCAAGGGGAACUGAUUGGUUUCUAAGUCAUUAAGGAAAAGAGUAAUUUAGCUUCAGUUCUGUAUAGACCCAAAGACUUGUAGGACUCUUGCUCCACUGUGUUUCUCAUGGCCUGCAAGUUUGGAAAAUGCAGAAGAAAAAAGCAUUUCCUUUUCUACUUACUAAAGUAUAGUAAGUAUUCAGUAUAGGUAAGUCCCAGAAAAGGUUUCUGACAGGCCCGGCUUAGAUUACUGUCUGCACAUCUUGGACUCUAUCCAAGAGCUAAAGAAGAUGCCUAAACUAAAUGGUCAAACUCUUUGUCCAAGGUACUUGUAGCUUAUGUUCCAUCAGCAUUUGAGGGUUCCAGUUCCUCCACGUUGUGACACUGGUGUGAGUAACUUUUUCUGAUUUUAGUCAUUCAUUCAAUCAGUUAUAUAAUAUCUGAUUGUUAAUUUACAUUUCCCUACUGACAAAUUAUGUUGAGCAUCUUUUCAUGUGCUUAUCUAACAUUUUAUAUCUUAUUUGUGAUGUGUGUGGUCAGAUCUUCUGCCCAAUUUUAAUCUAGAUGACUUUUUCAUUGUUUUGAGAAUUUUUUAUAUAUUCUGCAUUUAGGUCCUUUAUCAGAUACACACUUGGCAAAGAUUUUUCUCCCAGUCUGGCUUGUGUUUUCAUUUCUUAACAGUAUCUUUUGGAGAGCAGAAAUUUUUGCUUUUAAACAAUUUAUCAGUUUGUUCUUUUAUGGAUUUUGGUUUUGGUAUAUCUAAGAUUACAAUGAUUUUGUCCUUUGCUUUCUUUUAGAAAUUUAUAGUU